GUAGACCCCGGCCCCCUCCCGACGACGAGCACGAGAAGCAGGCGAGGCAAUCCCGUCGGCUUCUCCCAGUCCCGCCCCCCAAAUCCCCCGCGAUCCCCGAAACCCUAGCCCCCAGCGCCGCAAACCGACCGCUCCGCCGUGCUCCCGCAAUCCAGGGCCGCCCGGCGAUGGUUUUGGAGCGGGACGUUUGAGCUGUUUGGGAUUCGUUCGUGAGUUUUUUUUUUAUUGAUGGGUUCGGAUGGGGAUGAGCGCGGCUCGGCGGCUGCGUCGGCGAGGAAGCCGCGGAAGAGGCAGCUGGUGAUUGAGUCCAGCGACUCCGAGGCCGACGAGUACUGCAUCUCGACGCGGCAGAAUGCUGGCGCCGCCGCGUCCGUGGGCAAUGCUGGUGCUGGUGGUCGAGGUGAUGAUGAUCAGUUGGUGGAGAAAGCCGUGAAUGUUAGUUCUGAGAAGGUUUCAGAUGUUAAGUCCACUGAUGGAGAGGGUUCAGAGAAGAACAAGGAAGCUGAGCUUGAGAAGAGCAGUCCACAGCCUGUUGCCAAGAAGAUCAGAGUCGAGGCCGUCCAUGGUAGUGGCAGUGGAAGCAGUGGAGGUGCAUCUAAGGGUGGAACUGGUGGGAAAAUGCUGCCCCGGGGGCUCCCGACAUGGCGGUUUGAGAAGCCGGAGGUAAGGGGAGGGCGAGUUCUUGAUGAUAAAGGUGAGGUGGAUAUGAAGGCAAGCAGUGUUUCGAAUGUGAAAGGGCAGGUAUCGAGUUUGGAUGACAAGAGGAGGCGGGUGGAGCUGCAGAAACAUGAAAAACGGACACCAUUGAAGACUGACCAGGGCAAUUCUGUUGAUUCUGGCCAGCAGGAGGUUAUUAGAUUGCAGGGAAAAGGGGGUGUUUUAAGGAUAUUGCCGAAGAAUGAUAAGUUGGUCAGGGAUAUGGGUGAUGACAAGACUCUGUCAAAGAAAACUAAGGUAGAUGGGGAGACUGGCGAUGGCAAGAAUCUGCCGACGAACAUUAAGGCGGAUGAGAGGACUGGUGAUGGUAGGAUACCAACAAAGAGAGGUGUUUUAAAGCUCCUGCCGAAGAAUAAUGGCAUGGUGAAGGAGACUAAUGAUGGCAAGCUUCUGCCGAAGAACAAGGUGAAUGGGGAAACUGGGGAUGCCAGGAUACUGAUGAAGAACUCCAGGGUGGAUAAGGAGUCCAGUGAUGGAAAGAUUAUAACAAAUAAAACUAAGUUGGAUGGAGAGUUUAGUGGUCACAAGAUGCCUAUGCAGAACUCUACCAUGGGCUUGGAAACUGCUGCUGAGAAGUUUCAUCCCAGGAGCAGUAAGGCAGAUGGUGAAACCAACAAGAGCUAUAAAGGAUAUAAGGAGAAAAGUGGUGCCCUUGCAGAGUUUCAGAAGCAGGAUUCAAAUGGUGAGAAGAGAGUUAUGGGUAAGCUAGUCUCUCCCAUCAUGUUGAGGAAAAGUGAUCCAAGCAUAGUGGGAGUUUCUUUGGGCCAGAGUAUGAAACAACAAAAUUCAAAGCAACAGCAAAAGAACUCCUCACUAAACCAUCAUCAGGCUUCUCUGAGUCAGAAAGAUGAGAACACCAAAUCAAGUGAACAUAAGAAUAUGAAAAAGAGAUUGCUAGAGCAUAAAGGGCUGCCGGGAAAUUUAUCAAAGAAGGCGAAAUCAGAAGCCAAUGAUCUGCAAGGCACAUCUGGCCCUGUGAUCAACAAGCUGGAAAUGAAGAAGCCAAGGGGAGGACCUGUCAACAAACUCAAGCAGGAUGUCAGGAACCAGAUAAAACGCUUGCUUUUAGAUAAUGGAUGGAAAAUUGAACUAAGACAGAGGAAAAAUAAAGAUUAUGAAGAUUCUGUCUAUGUUUCACCUGAAGGGACUGGUUAUUGGUCAAUCACUAAGGCUUAUGCAGUUUACCAAGAGCAGUUUCAAAAUCCACACGAUGAAAAUCAUAUGGGCUGCUCGUCUGAACUUAAUAAUAUUAUACCAAAGGAUGAUCUAGCAAUGCUAAAAAAGAACAUAGUUAGGAGAAGGACGAAUAAAGAGAUUUAUGGUACUAAAAAGAAACCUGGGGGCAGCAAAAGCAGAGGCUCAAAAGAUAUCCUUGCUAAAAAAAUUUCUAGAAACAAGCAACGGAACAGGGAUGAUGGGGUAAAAACCAAUCAUCGGAGAUGUGGGCUUCUUGUCCGUGGGGGUACUCAUAAUAUGGAAAAUAACAUGGAUGGCUAUAUUCCAUAUGAAUGGAAGCGGACAGUAUAUUCAUGGAUGAUAGAUCUGGAGGUUAUUUCUGAAGACACAGAGGUCAAAUACAUGAACAAUAAGAGAACAAGGGCAAUGUUGGAGGGUAAAAUUACCAGGAAGGGUAUAUUCUGUGGAUGCUGUUCCAAGAUUCUCACAGCCGCGAAGUUUGAAAUUCAUGCUGGUUCGAAAGAGAAGCAGCCCUACAAGAACAUCUUUCUAAAAGAUGGUAGGGUUUCUUUGUUGCAAUGUUUACAUGAUGCAUGGGAGAAGCAUGCACAGUAUGAAAAGAAAGGAUUCUACAAGAUAGAUCUUGGUGAGGAUCAACAUGAUGACACUUGUGCUAUUUGUGGGGAUGGUGGUAAUUUGCUGUGCUGCGAUCACUGUGCCUCAACUUUUCACUUGGAUUGUUUGGGAAUUAAGAUGCCUCGUGGAGAUUGGUACUGUCGUAGCUGUUUAUGUAGGUUCUGUGGCUCUGCCCAAGAAAAGACAUCAUCUUCUCCUGAAUUACUUUCUUGCUUGCAAUGUUCAAGGAAAUAUCACCAAGCUUGUUCACCUGGAACAGAGAGUGACUCCAUUUGUACCAAACCCAGUACUUUGGUUGAUUGCUUUUGCAGUCCAGGAUGCAGAAAGGUUUAUAGACGACUAAAAAAGCUUCUUGGGACAAAGAAUGACAUAGAGGCUGGAUUUUCGUGGAGUCUGGUUCGCUGUUUUGCUACCUGUCAUGCCAUACCCCCAAAAAAUAAAGCACAGUCUGUCCAUUGCAACUCCAAGACAGCCCUUGCUUUCACAGUUAUGGAUGAGUGUUUUGAGCCACACAUUGAUGAGAGAAGUGGAAUUAAUAUGAUUCACAAUGUUGUAUAUAACUGUGGGUCAGAUGUCAGUCGUUUAGACUUUAGUGGCUUCUAUACAUUCAUCCUGGAACAAGGUGACGAAGUAAUAUCCGCGGCAUCUAUAAGGAUUCACGGAACUGAUUUGGCAGAAAUGCCAUUCAUAGGCACAAGAGGCAUGUAUAGGCACCAAGGGAUGUGCCGUCGACUACUCAGUGGAAUUGAAUCGGCCCUUUGCUCUCUCAAUGUUCGAAAGUUAGUAAUAUCUGCUGUGCCAGAAAUGGAAAACACUUGGACAGCUGUUUUUGGUUUCAAGCCUGUUGAACCUUCCAAGAAACAAAGAAUCAAGUCGCUAAAUCUCUUGAUUAUCAAUGGGACCGGUCUACUAGAGAAGAGGUUACUGCCAACUGGCACAGUUGAUGGACAGACCACUGCCAAGCCAGGUUCUAAUGCUGUUGGAUCUGACAAGGCAGAUGCCAAAAUUUUUGGUGAAGCAAGUGGAUCUAUGACACCUGUUCAUGUUUCUCAUGAAUUUGUUGUCGUUAAUGAUCUUGAAAUUAAGUGUCAUGAGAGUCCUCGUCCUUUAAAUAGAAACCCAGCAGGUUUGACAUCUGACCAGCGUCCUGCUGCUGAAGAAAAUGAUGUAAAAAGAACUCUAGAAAGGACAUCCAGAGUGUCUGUAGGAGAUAAUAAGUUGCAUACACUUCCAGGAAUUAAUUGUGGAGAUGACAUGUUGUUGAAGGCUGGAGCAGACAACACUCAAGAAGGGAAAUGCGGAGAAAUAAAUGGGCAAUUUAUUACUGAAAACACUGUUGCAGAACAGAAGUGUCAAGAUAAAUCAAAUUCCAGUCGUUCAAAUUCACAUGCUACUCCGGUGUCCGUGGAUCCAUGUUCUUGUUUAUCUACUGAGGUUGGGAAAAGUGAAAAUUGUCCAUCUACCGAACUUUCUGUUGGAGCUGCUCCCAUAAUAGGCAAAACUGAAUCUAAUCUGACAUCCAAUUCUCCAUCUGUCCACUGUGCCAAUCAGGAGCAUGAAAAAUCUUGUGCAGCUCCUGUUGACACUAACAGACCUUUAGCUACUAUGGAUGAAAAGCCUGAUAACCAUGAGCUGAAAACUGGGGUUGCUGAUGGUUAUCUUCAAAGCUCAAUGGAAGCUAAAAGCUUGGAAGAUACAAUUAAUAUAGUUAAUGGAACAUCAAUAGCCUAUAUAGAUAAAGAUACUAGUGAAGAUCACAGUGCUUCUGACAGUGGAUUAUCAGUGAAGGGAUCUGUUCAGAAACCAGAGAUUAUUGAGGACAAAGUUGGUUCAUUUUUACCAGAUUUGAAACAUCCUAGUUGUCAAGAUAGCUUGGAGAAAUUGACUGGGUCAAAGUCACUUACAAGUGAUAUGAUUGACACGGAUGAUGUGGCUAUUAAAGUGGGAAUGACAGUUGAGAGUUGCAAUGAAGCAGGAAUGUCAGCUCCUAUCCUCGACAUUUCAAAUGCUGUUUGUAAAGUUGUGAUUAAGCCUACUCAAACUUGUGGGGAUGGUCAACUUUGUGGAGAGGAUGUCAUAUGCAGUAAUAACAGGGAAAGCGACCUAGCUUCUAGAGAACCUGUCAAUGCAUGAUUGAAAGUCUGGUUUUCUGCAAGAAGCAUGUUGCAUUCUCACUUCUCAACAGCCAUAGCUGAAGCGCCUGGAACAAUUGCAUUUGCAGCUGUGGCUUGUCGAAGUUUCUGGACUUUUGGUUCUUCUGAGGCUCUAGAUCAUGAUGCCUUUUUGGGCAGUAGAUGUUAGAUUGUGCUGGAGAAGCUCUAUAUGACCUGCAAACUGGGUCAAUUUUUUGUUGUACAUACAUGGGAGUUCUCUAUUGUUCUGGUCCCCGCCUGAACUCUCUGAAGGCGGUAUAUGGAUGUUUAAUAAUGUAGACAUGGACAUGCGCUCUACCUAUCCUGUACAGAACUUUUUUUCUAAAAAAAAUCAUCCUUUUUGUA